AGUAGAAUACUCGUAUGUAUUGUAAUUGUAUAAAUCAAAAGUGCAACAAGUUCCAACACAUUUUUCGUUUAUAUUAAGCCAUUAUGGCUUGCCUUUGUCAGCAAUGGCAUACAUGGAUGUUGGCGUAAACAGCAACCAAUAUCGCUAGCCGACCUAAAAGCUUAGCGAAUGUUGUGCCUUUAUUGAGCUGUUAUCGGUCAGUAAACGGAUUACUUUAUAAUUUAACAUUCGAGCAUCAUUUUGCACCCUUUCUGCUUUCCCUCCGUCACCCGUUUGGCCCACACCGCUGCAGAUGGGAGCGAUACUUUCGUUCAAAUCGACCAACCGCUAAUUUCCACACGUUUCCGGACGAGCGGCUGAAUAGCCCUAGCCCGAACGAUCCCCCUUCCCGGUGUUGGAGCACAAACGAAAAGCCUUUACCUCGCAAAAGGGGCCAUGUCUUCGGCACACUUUCCUCGAAACUGGUCCAGUCGAGUUACGGUCCUGCCAGCGGGUAUCAUCUGGGUAGCCAAAAUGCACUUGCCAUCGCUGUUGUGCGUCGGUCUCGUCCUAGUGUCCACCGUUUCGUCCGAUCGUACCGAGCUGCUGCCGGCCAAUCAUUCCACCCAAUCGCUUUCCCGGCAAGAGCGAAAGGUGCUUCUGUUUCCCAUUCUAACAACACUGCAGGUCAGCAUCUGUACUGCCACCGAUGGGCGGCUGUAUGCGCCGAAGGCAAAGUAUCCCGCCCGCAAGCUCGGCAUCAACCUGGGCUUUCAGCAAAACUUUAACCUCCCGUUCCGGUUGCUCGAGUUCUACAAACCGCCCACCUGGGCGCGGGCGAUCGCCGGCAUCAUACGGGGCCAGUUCCCGUCCACCUCGGUCGUGACCGCGCGCAGCUGGAAGCGCUCCACCGACCACCAGUCGCUGAUGCUCAGCGCCGGCCAGCUGUACCGGUACGUGGAAGACUUGCUGCACGUGUUCGGGUACGGGCGGGACUGUCUGCUGAAAAGUGUGUGCGAGCUGGCGCACAGCCCGUUCGAUCGCACCGACCCGCCGGAGCAGGACGUGAUGACCGAGGUCGUCCAUUUGCUGUUGAGCCCGUCCGUUCACGAAUCGUUCGGCGAGGACGAGCUGGAGCAGAAGCGUGCGUACGAGAUGGCGGAACGGCUUGGUGCGAGCGGGGCCAACUGUGAUCUGAUCUACGACCGGUGCCACCGGUCCGUGUUGAGUGACUUUUCCAAUCUAGUGGGCGAUGAUCGUAGCUGAUUUUGUGUUUGGUGUGUUUUUCUUAGGGCUACUUUUGGUUAAGGUUUUUUGUUUGUUGUGAAGUGAACUGGCACUGAGCUAGUGCUGAAAUGUAAAUAAAAGUUUAUU